AUGAAGUACCAGGUUGCGAGCGUUGCCGCCGCUGCCGUGCUGCUCGGUGGCGCCGCUGCGGUGUCGUGCGACGACAAGUUCCCGCAGUCGGCCGCGUUCUUCGGCUCGAUGGGCUGCGCGUCUGCCCUGAUCUUCGCCAACCUGGGCUCCGCCUACGGCACCGCGAAGUCUGGCGUCGGUGUCGCGCACCUUGGCAUCCUGCACGCCGACCGCAUCAUGCGUGGCAUCGUGCCGGUGGUGAUGGCCGGUAUUCUUGGUAUCUACGGCCUGAUCGUGUCCGUGAUCAUCAACAACAACAUCAACGCCGCGGACAACUCGUACUCCGCCUUCUCGGGCUACAUGCACUUCGGUGCUGGCCUCGCCGCCGGUCUCUCGUCGCUCGCUGCUGGCCUGUCUAUUGGUAUUGCCGGUGACGCGUCUGCGCGCGCGUACGGCAAGCAAGAGAAGAUCUUCGUGGCGAUGAUUCUGAUGCUGAUUUUCGCGGAAGCGCUCGGGCUGUACGGUCUGAUUAUUGCGCUGCUGAUGAACAACACGGCGAACCGCGUGGCGCCCGGCCGGAAACGAGUUGCUGUUUAUUGCCGUCCUCGUGAUUACACAAAGAAGUUUCGCUACGGGAAUAAAGAGAAAGUUUUUGGCUAA